AUGACCAUUUUCACAGCUGCUCUGUUGGGAUACGGCGAAAACAUUGACUCCGCGCAAUGGAUCUGCGGCGGUUCACUCAUCAGCAACAAAUUCCUGCUCACAGCUGGCCACUGCAUAUCAGCUCCCAAACUUAACCCAUUGUACGUUGGCCUGGGCAUCCUGAAGCGCUCGGACCCGCUGGAGCUGUGGCACCGAUACUUUGUGAAGAGGAUCAUCCCGCACCCGCAGUACAAGUCUCCCUCCAAGUACCACGACAUCGCACUACUGGAAACUGACAAAGAGUGAGUGUGACAAGUGGCCGCUGAGGUAACUCUUUUUCAUCUACCGGUAUAAUAAUAAACAGCUGCAAACUACGCGACAUAAAAUGUCGCAUCCUUCAAUUUACAACAAUAUUUUCUUAAGUUCGUCGGUUUGCCAAGGCAUUUAAACUCAUAAUAUUGGGAUUGUUGUCUUUUCAUAAUGCGUUAGUUCAUUAUUUUUAUUUCUGUGUAGGAUAUCAUUCAACGUCCACGUGUUCCCUGCGUGUCUCCAUUCUUUGCCUGAACCGGACUGGGAAUGGGAUACCAUAGCUCACGCAACCGGUUGGGGUGCUUUGGGUCAUAAUCGUGAACUGGCCGAUACUUUACAAUA